AUGGCGUCCAUAGCCAACGAGUCCUCUGCCGCCUACGAUCGCCUAGCCGAGCUCAAGGCAUUCAACGACACAAAAGCCGGCGUCAAAGGUCUGGUAGAUUCCGGAAUCACCCACCUCCCCCGCAUCUUCCACUUCCCGCCCCACCUUCUCGACAACAGACCAUCGAUUCCCGCCGGCAACCCAAACUUCACUUUCCCGGUCAUCGACCUCAACCUUGACGGCGUUAAUUCAGACUCCGACAAGCGGAACAGAGUCGUUGAAAAAAUCCGCGACGCGUCAUCAAAUUGGGGAUUCUUCCAGGUGGUCAACCACGGUAUCCCCGAAACCCUCCUCGACGAGAUGAAAGCCGGCGUCCACAAAUUUCACGACCAGACUGUCGAGCUGAAGAAGCAAUUCUACGGCCGCGACCCGACCAAGAAAGUCUACUACAACAGCAACUUCGACCUGUUCGACGCCCCCGCCGCCAGCUGGAGGGACUCCGGCGCUGUUCCACGUGGCGCCCGAUCCGCCCAGCCCCGACGAGAUGCCCGCUUGCUGCAGGGACGUCCUGACGCGCUACUCCGAGGAGAUGCUGAGAUUCGGGGAUUUGCUGUUUGGGCUGCUGUCCGAGGCUCUGGGCUUGAGGCCCAAUCAUCUCAAGGAGAUGGGCUGCGCCGACGGGUUGCUGAUCGGGUGCCAUUACUAUCCGCCGUGUCCUCAGCCGGAGCUCACUCUGGGCGUGGACAAGCAUUCCGAUGUCGACUUCGCCACCGUGCUUUUGCAAGAUCACGUUGGAGGGUUUCAGGUUCUUUAUCGAGAUUGUUGGGUCGAUGUGCCUCCUCUGGCGGGAGGUCUGGUUGUUAA